GAGCGGAUGGCCGAUGGAUAUAACAAGGAACAAGCCUGGCAGAAACUGGAGCCGCCUCGAGAUCUCCUUGCCAUUCUUGUAGAGAAGCUACCUAAUCUGGAACAUAUUUAGUAGGAUGAGCCCCGGGUGGAGUGCAAUGAGCUUAACUUACUCCUUUCCACUGGAAUUUAGUUUUCACGGAGAAUUCCCCAUGACGCAGAGCUUUGCGGAUGCGCUGUCCAAACACAAGAGAUCUCCACAACUGCAUCUAUUGGGAGAACAGGGCAGAACCCAAGUAACCAAAGAGAUGUCUUUUGUGUGUGCGCUGCAUACGCGGGUGGAUGCUCACGCUUACCCUCAUCGCCCUCCAAGGGCCACGAGGAGAUAUGUUAGGCCUUGGGACCUCGAGCCAGAGACACUGAAUUUGCAUGAGCUCUUUACCGCGUAUCCAAACCUUGAAAGUCUGUCAGUUUCAAUCAACAGGUUCAAGGGAGGCUGUGUGGUCGGUGGUCCGCCAUCUCCCAUUCCCUCUGAUGCUGUCCACGAACCAAACCUUUCCGCCUCUGCGAAGUCUAUCUCUAAGUGGUUACUAUAUCCAAGGAGAGGAGCUCCUCUGGAGGGAAAGGUUUCUUUGGCACAAGCUGCGGUCCCUCAGCCUGGGCAGCCAGGAUUGUCCGGGCUUCUUGGACCUGGCGAAGGGCCGUGUACAUGGGUUGACACAUUUCACUAUAAUCAGUAAUGAUUAUGUCAACCUGUCAAAUGAGCCGUUGAAUGCCUUUCUAUCCUCUUUCCACACGUUGGAAUCCCCAUGAAUGCCGCGAAAGGGUUUGAAAAUUGCAUGUGUUUCGUCUUUACCAUUCCGAGUGCAAUGUGGAUGUUCAAAUAUCUGAGUCGAUCCAAGUCGG